CGCUCUCGUACUAAGGAAAAGCGACGGGGGCCUUGGCGGCGCGCGCAUCAGCGCUGGCAUCCAAGGUUGCAUACAAUGUUCUGGAUCACUUUUGCUUUGUUGCUUUGACAGGCUCCCCCCCCCCUUCCUUCGAUCUCUCCUCCUCUCGAGCAAACUUGCACCGCGCCACAGCGCCGAACCGACUGACUUCGGCCGACGAGAAACAUCGUCCGUUUGACCAGCCUCGGCUACGGAACGGAGCGGGGUACCGAGAAUAGGCCCCGGAGAUGGAACCCCGGCUCUGACUCGAAUCAUGGACCCAUCGGCGCACAGGGGAUCCCCGUCCCACCCGCUUCCGCGCAGCCACGACGACGGCAACAACGACGACAAUCUGCAGACGGUUCACUUCGCCGGGCCGGAGUCGUUGGCCAGCUCCAGGAUCUAUCAGCCAACAGCGCGACGCGACAGGUCUCCCGCCGCCGCAUCUUCCGCCGCCCUGCCAUCAGUGUACUGGGACAACAAGAAGAACAACAGGGAGGUCGACGGCGAGAGUGACGCCAACCUCGCCGGAUACACGUUUUACCGCGAACCAACCCCGACGCCCCCCGAGGAUGAGUCCCCAGAGAAGAGUGUGGGCCAUGGGGGACCGCGUCCGGCCGCCUUCACAGACAGCUCGACGGCCGGUGGGGGGACGAUACGAAGCGAUGGCGAGUACAGCCAGAGGCCUCUAAACCUUGGUGGGGCGGCAGGCUGGAGUGUCGAUGCCGGCAGCAACAGCCUAGUAAUAUCACCCGCGGCCAGAAAGAAGGCACUUUGGGGUAUCUUCGCGGUUGGCGCCUUGAUAUUGAUCGGCGUCGCCGUUGGCGUUGGGGUCGGCUUGGGCGUGGGCCUGAAGGCAAAGGGAGGAGCGGCGGCAGAACCCACGGAUACGCCCUCAAGUUCAAUACCUGAGCUGGGACCGAACACGAGCCCUAUCCCAACAGAAGCUCCCACCAUAACUCCCGGGGGCACCGGAGCCUCGGCAGACACCACGACCGGGUCGCCGCCGGCUCCUCGACCGACCUACAACUCGGAUUGCCCUGCGCUAAACAACACUAUUUAUCACGUUCCCGGUUCCACCAAGAGCUUCCUUCGAGUGUGUGGUGUCGACUACGGCGGCAGCGGUGCCACGGAUCUCGCCCAGGCCUGGACUGACAGCAUGGCUGAUUGCAUGAACAGUUGUGCCUCAUUCGACCAGUGCACAGGUUGUGCAUGGGGUUACCUAGAUGGGGACGAAGGGGCCCAGCACCGGUGCUAUAUGAAGAAGGACCUCAAGAAGGCACAUCAAGCGGACAGUGAUUGGUGCUUUGCCAUAUUACAGUGACUUCCACGGCGCCGCCGUGUGGUUGCACUCACGGAUGGAAACAGGAUAUACCCACGGAUACGAACUUGAAUACUACUUACUAAUACAUAAUAAUGACUCUAUGGCCCUCUUCGCCGCCCUCUUUCAUGUUUUCAAUCACAGGAGCAAUGGGCCCCCAGAUGUUUAUUUUCUCUAUUCUUGUGCUUUGCUAUGUUCCGAAGUGAUGGGCACUAACCGGAUGGCUUUGAAAGCGGUAAUUAUCUUGUAGAUAGGAAUCUCAAAGUCCCAGUUGAUCAAGAGACUCGAACAUUAGUCC